AUGGCGUCAUCUUGCCUACAGAUUUGUGCCUUGCUGCUGUCUUUAGCAGGAUUCACCAUUUUACUUGUUACUACCAUGUCCAACAGAUGGAAAACUUCAGACAUUGGAACACUGCUAGUUACUACAGACUGGAUUUCUGAAGGUCUUUGGAUGGACUGUGCAGUGACUGCUGUUAGAUCAGUUCAGUGCAAGAAAUUUCUCUACAUGUUGAGUUCAGGCACUUAUGUUCAGGCAUGUCGUGCCUUGAUGAUUGCUUCUGUUCUUUUGGGAUUCAUAGCUGCAGUACUCUCGCUGCUUGGUUUGAAGUGCUCAAACAUUGGGUUGAGCGAUGAAGACGGAAAAAUGAAGUUUGCUGUCACGGGAGGAUUUCUCUUUAUUUUAGGAGGUCUCUGUGCCAUGGUGGCUGUUUCUUGGUACGCUGCGAUGAUUACGACUCAGUUUUUUGACCCAUUGUAUGCUGGAACCAAGUAUGAACUAGGAGAUGCUCUGUACUUAGGCUGGGCUGGAUCUGUUCUUUGUAUGCUUGGUGGGAUCUUACUGACCUGUUCAUGCAAACAGAAGAAAAACCAGGAUUACAGUUUCAACAAAUACCCAUAUUCAGCAGGCCAGGCGGCUCCUCAGCAGCACGCGUACACCAAAAACUCUGAGACAGUCAUAAGCAACAAGGAGUACGUCUAA